AUGGAUUACUCUGUCCGCCAGUUAGACAUCCAGACAACCGUCAGGUCGACGUUAUCAUAUUACCAGGAGAUCAUGGGCUACGGCGCGGGCGAAUUCAGCUCGGAACUUAUUAAGAAAAAAAAUCCAAACAUGCCAUACGCACUACUGUCAGACAAACAACCGUUGAUUGUCCUGGACGAGCCCAUGUCGCUUCUAAUAAGGAAAGUUCAUGGUCACCUGACCCUUCCUACCCCGCUCUCAAACCUCGUCUCUCUCUCGCCUUCCAUAUUGAUCACUCUCCCAGGAGCUACUGCCCUUGAACCUCUCCUUGUGCUUGCUUCUGAGCUCCCAUCUGGUGAUAAGGCCUCAGGCUUCUCGGGUAGGCUAUAUCGCACGUUGAGGCUCCACGAACGCUCCGCUAUUUAUUUGGCCCAACGCAAAGCAUCUAAGAAGCGUCAGGAUUUCCAUGACCUUGCUAAAUCUCGGGACCGUUUGAGUUCCGUUCUGUUGCCGUCAAUGAUGGGUGAACAGAUGACGAGCAUUAUUUACUCUACGGAUCAGGACUGA